UCAAGAUACAGUGUUGCGUAAAUUGACGAAAGAAGCGCAGAUCUUGGGAGCGAUGAACUUUGUACCCGUUCAUUGUUGCGCAAACAACCUCCGCAACAUUUUGUAGUGGGUCUUUACUGAUCCGGCGUAGUGCACGAACGGUCGACUCGGUCUGCGGUGUGUAAAGAUUUUUUGGGUGAACCAGAGGUUGCUUGUACAUCGUGGAAGAUCUAAAGAUGAAUGCGUCUGCAAUCGUGAAAAGGGCCCGGGAUGCCUUCCGAGCCGACAAGACCAGGCCCGUCCCCCGACGCAGGAAGAUGCUGCAGGAUUUACUCCGCAUGGUCACUGAGAGGGAACAGGACUUUGUGGAUGCUUUACACAAAGAUCUACGCAAGCAUAAAUUUGAGGCUAUCACCAGCGAGGUUGACUUUUCCAAGAAUGAAAUCAUCAAUGUGCUCAACCAUUUGGACGAUUGGACCAAGCCACAGGCUGUUGAAAAGGGCUUGGCCAUGACUGGGGUUCCGGCAUACAUUCAGUAUCAGCCGUUUGGAACCGUGCUGAUCAUUGGGGCGUGGAACUACCCCAUGCAAUUGACCGUACAUCCACUUAUAGGUGCCAUAGCAGCAGGUAAUACCGUCAUCAUCAAGCCCUCGGAGCUUGCCCCUGCAUUUGCCGAGGCGCUGGCUAAGAUCAUACCUCAAUACCUGGAUGCGGAUUGUGUUCAAAUCGUCAACGGCGGAGUACCAAUCACCACUGCCCUUCUGAAGGAGAAGUUUGAUCACAUCUUGUACACGGGCAGCGCCAACAUCGGCCGGAUCGUCAUGGAAGCCGCGGCCAAACAUCUGACUCCCGUGUCCCUUGAGCUCGGGGGCAAAAGCCCGUGCUUUGUCGAUGAGGGUGUGGACAUGGAGAUCACUGCCAAUCGCAUCAUGUGGGCCAAACUCAUGAACAGUGGACAGACUUGCAUUGCACCUGACUAUGUCAUCUGCAAACCCUCCCUCAACGAUAAGCUCGUCGCUGCUAUGUCCAAGACGAUCAAAAAGUUCUACGGCGAGAAUCCAAAGAAUUCUCCAGACUACGCACGCAUCAUUAACGACAGGCAUUACCAGCGCGUGAUGAGUCUGACCAAGUCUGGCAAGGUUGCCGUCGGGGGUGACGGUGAUGCAUCCCAGCUCUACGUGGCUCCCACCAUUCUGGUCGACGUCAAGGAAGAUGAGCCGGCCAUGCAGGAGGAGAUCUUCGGCCCCGUCAUGCCAAUUUUCAACGUGGAGAGUGUGGACAAAGCCAUAGACUUCAUCAAUAGCAGAGACAAGCCGCUCACCAUGUACAUCAUGUCCAACAGCAAGCAGGUCAUUAAGCGGUUCAACGAGGAGACAUCCAGCGGCAGCUUUGUGGCGAACGACUUCAUGAUGCAGGCUGCCUGUGAAACGCUACCGUUUGGAGGUGUAGGAAAGAGCGGCAUGGGUUGCUACCACGGUCGUUUCUCCUUUGAGAUGUUCUCCCACAGACGGGCCUGCGUGCUGGCGCAGCUGGGAAUGGAGAAGCUUCUCAGCAUGAGGUACCCGCCGUACACCGAUCGAAACCUGGGCAUCAUGCGCUGGGUGCUGCGCAAAAGCCCCAAGAAGGGCCACUUCCGUUCUCUGUUCUCCCUGGCGCUGCUCGGCAUUAUUGCCGGCAUUCUCUUCAUGGUGUUGGAUGGCAAGUUUUCCCAGUAACAUUUGGAGUCUGGAAGUAUAACGACGCAUGGUAGCAUUUGACGUCGAUUGAUAUCGCCUUUUAUUUUCAAAUGAUUUAGCUGUCACUGAACAAACUUGAAUCAAAUCUUCUUAAUUUUUAGUUUUGUCAAUAAAAAUCCUGAGAUUAUUGUUGGCAAGUCUGGGUAGUUUUAGAGUAUGAACAUGUGUUUUUGUCCUGUUGUAGAGUAAAU